AUGGAUUCCUCCCUGCGCUCCGGAGGAGGUCGAAGGAAGAUACCCAUUGUGAAGAUUGAGAAGAAAGAAGCAGGGGGGUUGACCUUCUCGAAGCGGCGUCAGGGGCUCUUCAAGAAAGCGUCGGACCUCUCCGUCCUCUGCGGGGUCGAUGUCGCUGUGCUGGCGCUCUCGGAGGCGGAAAACCCCUACUGCUACGCCUUCACCCCGUCCCUCAUCCGUCGCAUCCUCUCCACGUCUCCGCCGGCACCUCCUUCUUCUUCUUCUUCUUCUUCUUCGGACAAUGUGGAUGAGCUGUGGUGGGAGGAGGAGCCGAUCGAGCGUAUGAGCCUCGACGAGCUGAGGGUUUUCAGAGGACAAUUGGCGCGCGAGAUGCAAUCGAUCGAAGCGGAGGAAGAGGGGUUUUCGAGAUCUCGUCCCUAG